GUUCCGGUCUCCUUCCUGUUUCCGUCCCAGUUCUGUCCCUGUCCCGGUCCAGAAUGUCUUCUUCGGCUCUUCUGUCCGAACUCAAACACAGACUCGGUGUCCUCAUAGACGCAGCCGAACCGAAGCUUCACGGUCUGAGCCGGGACAUCUGGACCUGUCCGGAGCUGGCCUACCAGGAGACCCAGGCCCACGGUACCCUGGUGGACUUCUUCAGCCAGGAGCCCGGAUGGACCGUGGACCCGCACUUCAAACUGGACACCGCCUUCCGAGCCGUCUGGGGACCCGAACUGGGCCCGGGUCCGGUGGUCAACGUGGGCUUCCUGUGUGAGUUCGACGCCCUUCCGGGUCUGGGUCACGCCUGCGGACACAACCUGAUUGCAGAGGUGGGGGCUGCCGCGGCCCUGGGCCUCAAGGCGGUUCUGGAGGAGCUGCCGGACCGAAGCAGUCUGCCGGUCCGGGUCCAGGUGACGGUGCUGGGGACACCUGCAGAGGAGGACGGGGGAGGGAAGAUCGACAUGCUGCGAGAAGGGGCGUUCGAGGGUCUGGAUGUGGUGUUCAUGGCCCACCCAUCCAAGGAGGACGCCCUGUACCUACCCUGUGUGGCAGAGCACGAUGUGACCAUCAGAUACUAUGGCAGGGCGUCCCAUGCGUCCGCCUACCCCUGGGAGGGCGUCAACGCCUUGGAUGCCGCCGUCCUGUGCUACAACAGCCUGUCGGUGCUCAGGCAGCAGCUGAAACCGGACUGGAGAGUCCACGGAAUCAUCAAAAACGGCGGAGUCAAACCCAACAUCAUCCCAGAUUACACUGAGCUGGAGUUCUACCUGAGGACGCCAUCCAGAGCCGAGCUGCCCGUCCUGAAGGAGAAGGCAGAGAGGUGUUUCAGAUCUGCAGCUGAGGCCACAGGGUGUACGGUUGAAGUUGAAUUCUCCAAAAACAGAUUUGAUAACAUGCUACGGUUUUGGACUCUGGAACAGUUGUAUGAGCAGAACGGUACCGCUCUGGGUAUGGAGUUCACCACAGAUGAAGAGGUUCUAAAGGAGUCUGGCUCCACAGACUUUGGGAAUGUGACGUUUGCCGUCCCUGGGAUCCAUCCAUACUUCUACAUCGGAGCUAAUGCUCUGGUCCACACUCAGGAAUACACCAGCGCUGCAGGUGAUGCCAGGGCUCAGUUCUACGCUCUCAGGACUGCAAAGGCUCUGUCCAUGACGGCACUGGACCUACUGAUGAACCCACAACUACUGCAGAAGAUCAAAGAGGAGUUUACAGAGGAGAAACACAAAGAGGAGGACAAGGAGACAAGACUGAGCACACAGAGAACCUGAGGAGGAGGAAGAAGAGAAGGAGGAGAAGGAAGAGGAGGAGAAACACAAAGAGGAGGACAAGGAGACAAGACUGAGCACACAGAGAACCUGAGGAGGAGGAAGAAGAGAAGGAGGAGAAGGAAGAGGAGAAACACAAAGAGGAGGACAAGGAGACAAGACUGAGCACACAGAGAACCUGAGGAAGAGGAGGAAGAAGAGAAGGAAGAGGAGGAGAAACACAAAGAGGAGGACAAGGAGACAAGACUGAGCACACAGAGAACCUGAGGAGGAGGAAGAAGAGAAGGAGGAGAAGGAAGAGGAGAAACACAAAGAGGAGGACAAGGAGACAAGACUGAGCACACAGAGAACCUGAGGAAGAGGAGGAAGAAGAGAAGGAGGAGAAGGAAGAGGAGGAGAAACACAAAGAGGAGGACAAGGAGACAAGACUGAGCACACAGAGAACCUGAGGAGGAGGAGAAGGAGGAGGAGAAGAACAGAAACGAAUCAAUACAACCUAAGUUUGAUGAAGAUGUGAAAAGAUCAUUAUUACUGUAAUCUGGGAAAGGUCUAGUCCAGUUCUCCAACUUUGUACAGUGGAGUACCCCUGAAAUGAGGACUUUUUACAGCGGACUACCCCUGAAAUGAGGACUUUUUACA